AUGUCUGGCAAUGCGGAGGAACAUGCCACCGGCGACGUAAUUGCCGCGACCGUCCCGGAGGAAGCGACCGAGCCUCGUGGCCAAGUCGUUGCUGCUGACUUGAAAGAUGAGGAGCACGGAAGCUACAGCUUGUCCGACGACGGUGACUACCCAGCCCCGACGGAGGAAGAAAAGAAGACUCUCCGGAGGGUCCCAGAGAACCUUCCACUAGUAUCCUAUGCUCUCUGUCUCGUCGAGUUUGCGGAACGUGCCUCAUACUAUGGUGCCCAGACGGUUUUCUCAAACUUCAUCGAGUUUCCCCUGCCCAAAGGUGGCAAUGGAGCUGGUUCUCCACCAAGAGGUUCAGAAGAGACCGCGGGCGCUUUGGGCAUGGGGCUGCAGGCAAGUCAGGGGCUUGUUCUUCUGUUUCAGUUCCUAGCCUACGUUGUCCCAAUUUUCGGUGGUUGGCUGGCAGACGUGAAGACUGGAAGAUACAAAGCCAUCGUGAUCGGGGUCUUGAUCUGUGGGAUUGCCCACAUCAUCAUGAUCUUCGGGGCCCUGCCCUCUGUGCUCCAGGCCGGCCCUUCGCAUUCUGCGCCCCCGUUUAUAAUUAGCCUGCUGGUUCUCGCCCUCGGGGCCGGGAUCUUCAAACCAAACAUUGCCCCCACGGUCCUGGAUCAAAAUCGCCAUCAGAAGGAGUACACCAAGGUGCUGAAGUCGGGUGAGAAAGUCAUUGUCGAUCCCGAGGCCACCGCGACCAGAACGAUGCUUAUCUUCUAUGCCAUGGUGAACGUCGGCGCUUUCUACGCCGUCGCAACCGCCUAUUCAGAGCGUUAUGUUGGCUACUGGCUGGCAUUCCUUCUUGCCGGUAUCAUCUACUUCCUUCUCCCCAUCCUCCUGUUCGCGGUGUACAAGCGGACGUACAAGACCCCUCCGACUGGAUCCGAGCUCACCCAAGCGGUCAAAAUUAUUUCCGUUGCUCUCCGACGAAACCACUUCCGGUUCUGGAAAAAGAACUUCUGGGAUGCUGCCAAGCCCAGCGUGCUGGCCGCCGAGGGAUGGAACCAUAUCAACGUCGAUUGGGAUGACAAGCUCGUGGACGAUGUCCGUCGAACGGUCGCUGCGAGUUCCAUCUUUUUAUACUUCCCUAUCUGGAACCUGAAUGACGGCGGUAUUGGCUCAGCGGCAACCAACCAGGCUGCCGCUAUGACGACGAAGGGAGCGCCGAAUGAUCUGCUGAGCAAUUUCAAUCCGCUGACCAUCAUCGUGACGGUCCCGAUUCUGAGCUAUGUGGUUUACCCUCUGCUCAAUCGGUACAAGAUCAAGUUUGGCCGAAUCAGCCGGAUCACAUUCGGCUUUAUCCUGGCGACGAUAUCGGACUUCCCCUGCGGCUAUUAUGCUUCCACCUGCGACGGUGUUUCGCCCUUGUCCGUCUGGUGGCAGAUUCCGAAUUUCUCGCUGGGCGCCAUCUCGGAAUGCUUCUGCAACGUCACCGCCUACGAGCUGGCAUAUGCUCGUUCGCCAAAGAGCAUGAAGGGCCUUGUGAUGGCCAUCUUCCUGUUCAUGACUGCACUUUCCAGUGCGUUGGGCGAGAUCCUGGUUCCUGUUACGCAGGACCCGUGGCUCAUUUGGAUCUGGGCGGCUCCGGCGAUCGCGCUCGCAGUGCAGACGGUCAUCUUCUGGUUCCGCUACAAGCAUCUGAAUGACGACGAGUACAUGACCUAUGAGGAGGAUUACCCGAAGCUGGAGGAGGUACAGCAGUCGUCGGCGAUAGCGGGAGAGAAGGAGAAGGAGGUUUCAUCAUAA